UGAGCUGUCAAAAGGCAAAAUAAAAUUGCAUUUCUCGGUUACGAAAAUAUUUUAUUAAUAUUUAUUGUGUAACGUUUUAAAAACAAUUAUUCAGAUUAAUACUAAGUUAAAAGGAAUAUCCAUUAUUUGGAGUACAUGAAGUGACAUACAAUGAUGUCACUGAAGCCAAGAAAUGUGGACUUUCAGGAAACAUGGGCCAACCUCAAAGAAACUGUAGCAGGAGUGGUGGCGCUACGUGCGGUCGAGCGGGCGGUAUGGAACACGCGAUUUUCUGACGUCUACGCACUAUGUGUAGCACAUCCUGAACCACUUGCUGAUCGUCUAUAUGAUGAGACUAGAAACUUCUUAGAGGAGCAUGUGGGUAAUCUUCUGCAACGUGUCAAAGGUUCAGCUGACUUGGAUAGUAGCGAUUAUAACGAUGGUCUACUUGCAAGAUAUGUUACGGCAUGGCAAGAGUACAGCCAGGGUGUUGCCUACUUGAAUAGUCUGUAUUCAUAUCUCAACUUACAGCAUGUGAAAAGACAAAAGGUUUCUGAUGCUGAGAUUAUGUAUGGAUCAGCGGCGACUGUUAGCUGUCCCGAACACGAUUCUAGACAACUAGAGAUGGGUGAGCUGGGCCUGGUGAUCUGGGAGCGCGUGCUGGUGCGGGCGCUGUCCGGUGCGCUGUCGGCGCGGCUGGUGAGCGCGCUGGGGGCGGCACGCGACGCGCUCGCUGCGGGCACGGCGCUCGAGCCCGCCGCCGCCGACGUGCUGCGGGCGGCCGCGCUCAGCACUGUGGAGGUCCAGUCGUUCCGCGUCCGCGCCCCGCUGGCGCUAUACCACGAGUUGGUGCUGGAGCCCUUCCUGAGCGCCGCCGCCGCCUGCCACGAGCGCCGCGCCGCGCGCCUGCUGCAGGACGGUGACGUGUCGCACUUCAUGAAGCAUGUGCUUGAAGGGUUGGAGCGCGAGGUGGCGUUGGCUCAGCGUUUCUUGCACGCAUCGUCCACGGAGUCGGUGCGUGCGUGCUACGAGCGUGCGUGCGUCGCGGCGCACCUGCCUGCUCUGCACGCUGAAGUUGACAGGUUACUGCGGGAGGCGGCUGAGGACGACAGCAGAGCUGCCCUACGUAGGGCUGAUCUACGCCGUCUGUACGCCCUUCUAAGGCCCUUGGGCGCGGCGGCCCUAAGACCUUUGGUAGACGCGGCUGACGCGCAAGUCGUUAGGGCGGGCACGGCGCUGCUGGACGCCGAACAUCCUAGAGAUGAGGCGCAUACACAUUUCGUCCACGCGAUGCUGUCACUGCACAGCAAGUACAGCAAACUGUUCAACGAAGUCUUUGGCGGCGCCCAAGCGUUUGUUGGCGCUCUUGAUAAGGCGUGCAGCACAGUAGUGAACCGUCGUCACGGUGGCGAAGCGGUCGCCCGGGCGCCGGAGCUCGUCGCCCGGUACUGCGACGCGCUGCUCCGGCGACGCGCGGCCGACGACGCCGACGACCGACUCGCCGCCGCCAUCGUCGUAUUCAAAUACGUCGACGACAAGGACGUCUUCCAGAAGCAUUACGCUCGAGCGCUGGCCAGGAGGCUCAUACAUCAGUUGUCAGCGUCUAUGGAGCAGGAAGAGGCGAUGAUAAACCGUCUGCGCGCGGUGUGCGGCUACGAGUUCACGAACAAGCUGCACCGCAUGUUCACCGACGUCGCGGUGUCCGCCGACCUCAACGCCAAGUUUCAGCAGCACCUGCGCGACAACGACCUACAAACAAACACCGGCUUCUUCAUACAGGUGCUGCAGGCGGGGGCGUGGCCGCUGGGCGGGGCGAUGGCACCGCUGGCCCCGCCCGCGCAGCUGGAGCGGCCCGCGCGCUUAUUCGAGGCCUUCUACCGCGGCGCCUUCUCCGGCCGCCGGCUCGCCUGGCUGCACCAUCUAUGUACAGGGGAGCUCCGCACUCGCUACACCCCCCGCUUAUACCACCUCAGCGCUACAACGCCGCAGUGCGCUCUGCUCCUGCAGUUCGAGAAAGCGGACGUACUAGAUGCAAGAGAAGCGCUGGCAGCGCUGCAGUUGCCGGCGGACGCGUGGGCCCGUCACGUGAGGCCGCUGAUCGACGCGGGGCUGCUGAAGGCGCAGGGCGACCUGGGGCUGGACGAGUCGGGCCCCGCCCCCGGCGCCGAGCUCCACCUCAACCUCGCCUUCUCCUGCAAGCGCACGCGGCUGCGGCUCACGUGUGCGCCCGCGCCUACACCCGCUGGCGGCAGCUCAAACGGCGGAGGGAGCGGUGCGGCGGCGGGCGGCGCGGGCGAGGCGCCGUGCGACGACGACCGCAAGAUGUACCUGCAGGCCGCGCUCGUGCGCAUUAUGAAGCAGAGGAAGGUACUACGUCACACGGAACUCAUUCAGGAGGUUGUAUCGCAGGCGAGAGGUUCGUUCGCCCCCUCGGUGCCCAUGAUCAAGAAGUGUAUCGAGGCGCUCAUAGACAAACAAUACUUGGAGCGGUCGCCCGGUGCCCUCGACACCUACUCCUACCUCGCGUAAACGUUCGCAAUACGACACGUUCGAAAUUCGAAAGACAUUCGCAACUGACACUGACAUUCACGACCAUAGAGAAUAGAGGCGUGUUGUUUUUUUUUUGCCCAAAAAUGCAAAAACUAAGGCGCCUCGUUUUUAGCGGAAUAUUAAACGUUAUUAAAAUUUUAACCGCUGCUCAAAUAUUUGAGUUCAACCGAAACACCAGAAUCUCGAAAGGACAUUUUGGAUAUUUUUAAUGCUACUGAUAAUUUUAAUGACGUAUUUACGGUUGAAAAACAAAAUGUUUAAAACGGACGUCAAAUGAAAUAUUUUAAAAGUUUGCUACAAAAUUAAAUAACAACAAAACAUUUAAGAUUCUAUUCUCUAUGGAAUGGUGAGAUCCACUUUGAACAUAGACAAGUGGAUUGGGAUAAUCAAAUGCUUAUCAUGUUAAAGAAUUGUUACAAAGAUUAGGUUAACUGUUGGUGAACUUUAUAACUGACGACUAUUGACUUACCGACGUAUGACCCUGUUUUUUUUGUUUAAGUGCCUAUUUACACCAUAUUGAAAAAAAGUGUUUUUUUUUUAAUCACAACUCUAGAAAAGCGCUACAAAAUGAAUGUGUGCUUGGUGAAUUUUUGAAUGAGAGAAAGUCACGGUGACAAAUGUCACCGCGACUUUCAUACAAUCUCCAUGAACUUGAGAUGGAUGACAAAAUUCGAAUUCUAUGGAAGACGCUUGAGAGGCAACUUUUGCCUCCUAUCUGGUUAAUUUGCGUGUUUGUUUUUGAAAUGUUUCACCUUAGCUCCAAAAGCGUAGGGGCUAUUUCAUAUUAGCUUUAGAGAGGAAAAAAUAGUGUUUUGCUUGUUCAAAUUGAGGCUACUUCGUUCAGAAGAUAUGCUUUAAUUGGUCAAUACCAGAGCAUUAGACUCUCGCGAUAGGAAAACUUGUUAACAAACAUAUGAAUGUUUUAAACACCAAUUAAAUAUAUUUUGUAAGAAUUUUUAAUCAACCCCUGAAUAUACUUUAUACGUCACAUAAGGAGUACUCAGUGACUUUUCAUAAAUUUUUUUCUUUAUUUAAACUGUCCUUAUUACAAUUAUUUGACUUUUUCGAAAUACUGUAUUCUAGUGGACAUUUAUAAGCUGAUAAAAAGUAAUAUGCUUGUAGAUAUUGGCGGAUAGGAAUUUCAUUAUAGCGUGUUUGUUUUCAUUCCAGUAACUGGAUUAUGAUUCGAUCGACGGACUAGUAACUUAGACCCGCAAAGUAGAAAAGCUUAUAGACAAUUUCUAAAAUUGUAAAUUAUACUUGCUAAAGUAAAAGCCACGUCAAGUAAAUUCGAACCGUGUCAAUAUGCAGUUUCGAGUCCACUCGUGGCUUUUAGCAGGGUGAUAAAAUGCCAGUUGCAUAGCAUCAGGAAUCAGGUGAUCCAAAUGCUUGUUCCGGUCCUGUUAAAAACGCUUUUUUGCCAAUUGGAUUAUGAAAGUCCACUAGUGAUGGUGUUAUGAUUUGAGUUUAACUAAAAUAUUGGAUGAAAUGUGUCGUGUCGGACCGCGGGCGAGGACAGAUGUAUCGGACAAACGUUUUGUUGUAUAUUUAUAACUCAAUAAAGGUAAUUAUAGUAGCAAUAUUAAUAAAGAUUUUAUAUUAAA